UUAUGGAGAUUUGGAUACUCUGCCAGACUACUGAAAACUAAUCACUUUAGGACAGCUGCAUCAAAUACAUCAUUUCCAGCAGUUUGGAUGCUAUUGGCGCAAUAUUCUGGCAGAAUACCUGGGCUCUUUGUAGUAGUAAAAAAAACCAGUUUUUUUACAAUGCCUGAAACUGUGGAGGAUAAAGCUAAUCUAGAACUGUACUUGCCGCAUCCUGAAGUGCGUGGGAUGACACGACUCAACAGAGAAGCUUUUAGAAAGACAGUUGUUGUUCCAGUUCUUAAAGUCAAGAAAGAAAUUGUAAAUACUUUGCUAAAGUCCCUAAAACAUACGGUACUACAGCGUCCUGGUCUGAAGCGAGUGGUUGAGGAUCCUGAAGAUGAGGACAGUAGGCUUGUUAUUUUGGAUCCGUAUAAAAUACCAGAAUUCUCAUUGGGAGAAUCGGAGCAAGAGGUAUUAAAACAGCUUAAUGUUUGUCCUGAGGUGUGCAAGUAUAACUUAGAGCUGACUUAUGAGAAUUUCAAGUCAGAGGAGAUCCUACGGGCCGUCCUUCCUGAAGGUCAAGAAGUCACCUCUGGAUUUAGCCGUGUGGGUCACAUAGCUCAUUUCAAUCUUAGAGAUCAUCAGCUACCGUACAGACAUUUGAUUGGCCAGGUUAUAAUUGACAAGAAUCCAGGAAUCACCUGCGUAGUGAAUAAAACCAAUAUUAUUGACAACACAUACAGAAAUUUUCAAAUGGAAGUACUCGCUGGAGACAGCAAACUAGUAACCAAGGUCAAAGAAAAUAAUAUUGUGUAUGAACUGGACUUUUCUAAAGUUUACUGGAACCCACGUCUCUCCACAGAACACAGCCGUAUCAUUGAGCUUUUAAAGCCCGGUGAUGUCCUUUUCGAUGUCUUUGCUGGGAUUGGACCUUUUGCUGUUCCAGCAGCAAAGAAAAAGUGCCGCGUAUUUGCAAACGAUCUCAAUCCUGAAUCCUACAACUGGCUCAUGCGCAACUGCAAACUAAACAAAGUAGACAACAAAAUAAAAGCGUUCAACAUGGAUGGCAGGGACUUCCUUCUGGGGCCAGUAAGAGAAGAACUAAGGAAAGAGCUCCCACUUCUGAAAGAAGAACAGAAAACCUCUUUUCAUAUCGUCAUGAAUUUGCCAGCUUCGGCUAUUGAAUUUCUAGAUGUUUUCAGGCAUCUCUUAGUCGGAGAGCCAUGCAGCGCUGCUGGCCUUCCCACGGUGCACUGCUAUGGUUUCUCCAAACAUGAUGACCCUGCCAAAGAUAUUCAAGAACGAGCUGAAGCUUCACUGGGAACCUCCUUAGAGGGACGCUGUUCUACUUACCUGGUUAGAAAUGUUUCGCCGAACAAGGAGAUGCUGUGCAUUAGUUUCCAGAUUCCAGCGGACGUGCUGUACAAGAGGCCCUGCCCUGACGAAGGUAAGGAACGAGCCUCCUCCGUGGCCCUUGGAUUUCAGGCUGCGCCUUUUGCUGUCUCGGGCUGGUUCCACCUUGUCAGCCCUGUGGGCCACUUCAGCCGUGUGACGGCGACGCUGCGCUCCAGCGUGAGCGCGGAGGAAGCCGGCAGGACUGAGUGCCUGCACGUGCGCAGCAGCUGCGGGGCUUCAUGCGCUCCCG